AUUUCUAAGAUGGCUGCGCACGAAUUGGAUGUUUACAGUUUAACAGAUAUUGCUGAAAUACAAAAAGCUUACGCACAAAUCCAUCUCCAUGAGCAAAAACUUAACAAUGAACUGGAUGCUAUACUGGAAAACCAACCAAGACUUGACACAAAACUUAACACGCUACAGAAUGUAAUUCCAAACCUGCAGUUGGUAAUGAGAGAUGCCCAACAUUUACAUACCAUGAUUUCCAAUACAUCAGAUUUGGCAGAAAAAGUCAGCAGUAAAGUGCGACUUCUGGAUCUUGUUAAGAACCGUGUCCAAGAAACAAUAAAACGUGUGGAUGACAUCCUUGAUUUAAAGGCUUGUGUGGAUGGUGUGCAAACAGCGCUAAAUACAGAGCACUUUGAGCAGGCUGCAGCACAUAUUCACAGAUAUCUCAACCUGGAUGAACAAGUCCUCAGAGACUUAGCAGAGGACUCAAAAGAAGGUUCUGACUUAGCAGGGGCCUUUGUGUUACUACAUGAAGCAGAGACAAAACUGAAAAGAAUUGUAAAUGACAAGUUUGAGGCUGCUAUACAAAAUGGUGACAGGGGCUCUGUAGAAAGGUUUUUCAAAAUUUUUCCUUUACUGGGUCAACAUCAAGUUGGACUUGAAAAGUAUGCAAGAUAUUUGUGCACACAGAUUGCUGCCCAGUGCCAGAAGAAUUUGGACAAUGCUGUUGCUGUCAAAGACUCAGAUCGUCAUGUCAAUGUUGUGUUUGCAAAUACUCUCACUUUACUGUUUGAGAACAUUGCACGUAUGGUGGAAGAACAUCAGCCAUUUGUAGAGACUUACUAUGGUCCUGGCAAAAUGUUCAUUCUGCUACAAGCUAUGCAGGCUGAGUGUGACAAGCAAGUUAAUCAAGUUGUUGACCAGUUUAUGAAAAAGAGACAGUUCACAGAAAAGUUCAAAUCUGUUCAGGGCAGUCAAACCUUCAGAGGUUCUUCUGGUAACCUUGAUAGGUAUGACCCCAGAGAGCUUGAUGUUGUCUUGCGUGAAGUUGUUGUGAUGAAUGCAAGAGCUGAGAUGUAUUUACAGUUCUUGGAGAAAAGGAUCGCAGAUGACAUGGUAAAUGUUCCUGAAGAGGAAAAAACAGAAGAACUAUUAGGAAUUCAAGACAAAGUUAUUGCCAAUUGUGAACUAAACAGAAGAAUGCAGGAGCUGAUAGGAAACUACAUCUACAUGGAAGAGUACUUUAUGAGAGAAACAGUGAUGAAAGCUGUAAAGAUGGACAUCACAGAGGGUGGUGAUGAUGAAGCUGUCACUUCCAGCAUGGUAGAUGAUGUCUUCUUUAUCGUACAAAAGGCUGUCAGACGAGCCCUAUCCAGCUCUAGUGUGGAUGGAACGUGUGCAAUGCUGAAUCAUGCAUGUGCCCUUCUGUCAUCUGAUUACCGUGAUGUGCUAACUGCCCGAUUAAAAGCAGGUUUUCCAUCUGGAAGUCUUGAUUUAUCUGGAAUGUUGCAAGGAAAGCUGCAAGUGGGCUACUCCACAACGGCUGAAAAUGCAGCUGCCCGGAAGGCUUUCCUUGUGACACUUAACAACCUUGAAGUUAGCAGCAACAACAUUCAGAAGCUAAAGAAAGAUCUUGAGAUUGAAUGUGACAGGAACUUGGCUUUUGGAGAUGCUGCUAAACUGAAAUUAGAGAGCUGUCUUUCAGACUUGAUGAACACAUCAAAUAUUUUCAAGGAUUUACUUCAAGGUGGAUUAUAUCAGUUAUGUUCUACUGCUGUCGUACCAAGAUUAAAACCCCUCAUCGAUGGAUUCAAUUCAACAAGCCACAACAUAUCUGAGAUGAAUCUGAUCCUCUAUUUCAUUGUUUCAAAUCAGCUGGGUGGUCUUCAGUUCGACAAGGAACUACGUUCGCUGGUCGGUUACCUGACAGCUGUCACUCAGUGGACCAUACGAGACAAGUUUGCCAGACUCACACAGAUUGCCACUGUCCUCAACUUAGAGAAGGUGGGCGAGAUUAUGGAUUACUGGGGUCCUAAUUCAGGACCAAUGACUUGGAGACUUACUCCUACGGAAGUCAGACAAGUCCUGUCAUUAAGGGUCGAUUUCAGAAGUGAGGAUAUCAACCGAUUAAAACUUUGAGCUGGGAACCUAAUAGUUUUCACAAAGAAUUAUAAGGAGAUUUUCUAGAAAAGCCCUAAAUGAUGCAGAAAAUAAAUAUUUAACAACUGAUGUAGAUAGGGAGAUUGUAAAUGAUAGAGGGAGUUCAGAGCCCUUCUUUAGAUUACAAGUUUGUCACAAAAUCAUUUUGAAUCGCGACAAAAUUUGAUACACAGCUUGCUCCGCGAGCGAGUAGGAUAAAGCGAAUCUGUGUUUUUAACCGUACCUCAGGUUGCCCUCACACGAUUGCUCUCUUGACCAAGCUUGCUUUUUUUUUGGUGCCUUAUUAUGGUCUACGACUUUGUCUCUGUCCGUGAAACACAAUUAGAGAUCUUGAGCAAUAUAUAUCGAGCCAUCUUGCCUGCACGUUUGGUUGCUGACGUCUACGAUCAACAGUAAGCACAAAUAUGACUAUGAAUAUAAUAAAAUCGUAUAUGGGAACUGCGGAUUAAUAAAUGAAUAUGUGAAUGAGCUUUGCUGUAAUAAACACUUCUUAAGAAGUAGUAAAGAUAGAGUCUGAAAAAACUGAUUCAGGCCAGUACGAGAGUUGAACCCAUGACCUCUGGCUGCGAAAGAGAGUAGAUCUAUGUUCAGAAAUGUAGAUAUGUGUAUUAUUUCAAUAUACCGGUAAGUAUAUUUACCUAUUGUGCGUUUCUCCCGUUUCGUUAUGCCUCAGUUGGCAGACUGUCCAGGUGUAAUAAAGGUGCACUAAAGUGGAAACGU